UCUCUGUUUGCUGACCCUCUUGCCUGCUGUACUGCGGUGCUGUGUGUGAACGAGCGAGCGUACGUGGGCUGCCGGCACGGUGAUGGGAGGCUGCGAGGUGUCCUCCAGGGAGGGCACGUUGUCCAGGGGAGAGGUCCACCGGUGAAGGAGCCGGCAUCACGAUGAGAUUCCGGACACCAUGUCCCUGCUUGGCAUCACCUGGGAAUUGGGCAGCGGACGGAACGGCGGCGGCAGGUGGGACGGGAAGAGGGUCUGACUGCUGCGUCGGUGCACCGAGAGGGAGCCCGGCCCUCGACGACUGAGCCUGGAGCUCGAGAGAGAGGUGGCUCAGACCCUUCCCGCAGAGGCAGCCUCCCACCUCUCUCCCUCGCGAUGGGAUGUAAUAUGUGUGUGGUGGAGAAAGCAGAGGAACAAAACAAGGUGCUGUGUCAGGGCCCGACUGGAUUACGGCACGGAGUCCCAGCGCGUCGACUCUCUCCGUCCAGUCCACGCACACUUCACGGGAAGGAGGCGUGCAAAGUGAGCCAGGAGCCAGCAGCCGAGACCCUCCGACCGCCCCGGGAGCCCCUGGUCAUCCAGGUGAUGCGGCGCAGCCCGCGGGGCAAGGUGGCGGCCCCGGUGCAGGACCCACAGCUGGUGGACAACGGGACCCAGACAGAGAUCACCUUCGAGCACAUCAUGGCCCUGAGCAAGGUCCGGCCACCCUCCCCGCCCCCCGUCCUGCUGGAGCCCUAUGUCCUGUCCGACCUCCCUCCGCUGGUCAAUGAUUUCUAUGAAGCCAAUGACUACAUGGACAGUGGUCACCACGAAGUGGAUCGAGCCGACGACCUGGAGUAUGAGGAGGUGGAACUGUACAAGGAAAGGCACCAGGAGAAGCUGGGACUGACCGUGUGUUACCGCACCGACGACGAGAACGACACGGGCAUCUACAUCGGGGAGAUUAACCCGAAUGGUAUCGCGGCAAAGGAUGGUCGGAUACGAACAGGAGAUCGAAUCAUUCAGAUAAACGGAGUCGAAGUUCAGAACAGAGAGGAGGCAGUCGCCAUCCUGACCCGGGAGGACAGUACCAACGUCUCCUUACUCCUGGCCAGGCCAGAGAUAGAGCUGGACGAGGGAUGGAUGGAAGAGAGAGGAGAAGCGAUGGAGAUCGCCAGUCGAGAGGAGGGAGAGGAAUCACUGGCAGGGCUCAGCAAAGCUGCCCCAGCAAAGCACAAGGAGGACGAGGAGGAGGAAGAGGAAGAGGACGAGGACGAGGAGGAGGAGGAGAAGGGUUCGGCCGACGCCGGCAACGUGCUGAGCAACAGCCAGGAGCUGGACAGCGGCGUGGGCCGGACGGACGAGAGCACCCGCAACGACGAGAGCUCGGAGCACGACAUACUGGCCGAUGAGCAGGCAAGCACCACCAUCACCAAUGUGGGCAACACCACGCCGGGCAGCCUGCGGAGGCUGCGCCAGGCCAAGGGCGAGGGGCCGACCGGCCGCCGGCGCGACCUGCACCUUAGCACUGAGUCACUGCCUGGGCUGACCGAGGAGGAGUGCCUGCGUUACCGGGAGCUGCUGGAGCUCCGGUGCCACCUGGAGAACGGCAAUGCCGCCGCCCUCUGCUACCGGGCCGGCCGGGGCUUGGAUGUCAACCGCAACGAGGGGGUGGGGAGGCUGGCGGCCAUGCUGCAGGAGGAACUGGGCCACCUGGAGUUCAAGUGCCGCAACGUGCUGCGGGCACAGAAGAUGCAGCAGCUGCGGGAGCGCUGCAUGAAGGCGUGGCUGGCAGGCGAGGGCUCCCCCUUCGACGGCGGGGGCGGGCGAGGAGGAGGCGGGGGCGGCCUGUGCGACAUCACCGAGCUGCCCGAGCGCUCCGACCGCGACAGCACUAGCGCCUACAACACGGGCGAGAGCUGCCGCAGCACGCCGCUGCUGGCCGAGCCCUCCGCUGCCCCCCCAGCACCACCCCCUCCCGGCGACAGCCCCUGGCGGCGCCCCGGGCCCACCACCAACAACAACCUCAACCUGGCGGCCAGCCCGCCACGUUUCCGCAGCCUGCCCCGCCAGCAGGAGAGGUCGGCGGCCGGCCGCAGGGGCCCAAGAGCGGGCGAGGGAAGCCCCUACCUCUCCCGGGGGCGACACCGCUCGCCCGGGACCGGAGAGCGUUACCGCAGCUGCGUGCAGCUGACCCAGCCCGGGCCCGAGGGACCCCAGCCCCCGCCCGGAGGCAGAGUCCCGGCCGAAGGCAGGAGCGAGUGGAAGGUGAAGGUGAGGAGCGAUGGCUCCCGGUACGUGGCCAAGCGGCCGGUGCGGGACAAGCUGCUGAAAGCCCGGGCCCUCAAGAUCCGCGAGGAGCGCAGCGGCAUGACCACGGACGACGACGCUGUCAGCGAGAUGAAGAUGGGCCGCUACUGGAGCAAAGAGGAGCGCAAGCAGCACCUGGCCCGGGCCCGGGAGCAGCGGCGCCGCCGGGAGUUCAUGCUCCAGAGUCGGCUGGACUGCCUGAAGGAGCAGCAGGCCAGCGAGGCGGCCCGCAGUGAGCUCAGCAUCAUCGCCCUCAGCCACAAGAAGACCAUGAAGCGGCGCAACCGCCGGAUCCUGGACAACUGGAUGACCAUCCAGGAGAUGCUGGCCCACGGCACCCGGACCGCCGAUGGCAAGCGGGUCUACAACCCGCUCCUGUCCGUCACCACCGUCUGAGGAGGAGACCCCCACUCCACCCCACCCCACCGGCUCUCCAGCCCGCCUUAGAACCUCGCCAGCGAUGGCAGGGGUUGGGGUGGGUGGGGUUGUUGCUGGGACCUCUUUGGAGAGCGCGGGCAACGCUGCCUCACCGGACUCUUGAGGUCCAUUGGGCUCCGAGGUUGGGGGCGGUUCACGGGAGGGAGUUCAGCCCUUCUCAAGCCUGUUGUACAGGGAGAGAUGUCAAACACCAGAGGACUUGCUUUUAAGGUUGGGGGGGUGGGGGGAAAGUUUAAAGGUGACGUGAGGGGCAAGUUCUUCACGCAGAGAGUUGGUAGGUGCCUGGAUUGGGUUACCAGGAUUGGGCAGUUUGGUGGGGUUUAAGAGGGCUUUAGACAGACACAUAUGAAUGUGGAGGGAAUUGUGUGGGGGAGGGGUGGGGGGCAGAUAUGGAUGGUACACAAGGGGAGUUCAUCCAGUAAUAAAUUGGUGUCACGAUCGGCACAACAUGGUGGGCCGAAUGGCCUGUCCCGUGCUGUGCUACGUUCUGUAGAUCGUUCAGCCCCUCGAGCCUGCUAGAUGGGAACAGGAGGAGGGCGUUCCGUCCCUCUCUAGCCUGCUGUACGGGAACAGAAGAUCGUUCGGCCCCUCGUACCUCUUGCAGUACCGUAGGCAGGAGGCCACUCAGCCCCUUUGGCUUGCUGCGCCAAAAUAAGAGGAGGAGCCUCAGCCCCUUCCACCCUACUGCAGGAACAGAUGGAGGCCAUUCAGCCCAUCCACCCUGUCCUCCCGCUCAAUGAGAUAAUAUCCAAUCGGUAUCGUUGUCCCUUCUGCCUUCCUUUCCCCCACGGUCCAUAUUGUUGUUAAAUGGGUAUCUGCCAAUCCCAGAGUUAACACUGAGACCAAACACAGCUUUGGUUGCAGUCGAAGGGGCAAGCUCCAAACCUCUCCCCACCUCCCACCCCCUCUGCAGGCAGGAUUGUUUCCAUAUUGCGCUCCCAAAACUCUGGCCCCAAUCCCAGACCUCCAACCAGCAGGAAUAGUUUCCUGCUCGGUCUGCCCAAUGGGAUUCCCGCAACGACUUGGAAUCUCCGACAUCAAAACCCCUAAACCCCAGAAACACAAGCCUGGUUUAUGUUGUCACCUUAUAACCAACGGUGGAUGUCCAACGGCUUGGGGACAGUGGGGGACUGCAAUUGACUCUGGGACAGUGGGGAUGGGAGACUGACCCUGGGGACGGUGGGAGACGGGAUGCCGGCUGUGGGACGGGACGCCGGCUGUGGGACGGGACACCAACUGUGGGACGUGGAACCAACUGCGGGACAGCGGGAACAGUUCACUGUUUGACUGGCCCCCAUCCAUCCAGACCAUCCACAAACAGGGCGGCCCCUGCUCCCGGAGUUUGGUGGGAUAUUCGGUCCUGUGUUUUAGAGUCAACAACGGCAGCAUUGUAUCCAGGUAGGUCAGUUAUGGGAAGCUACCGAUGGGUAUGAUGUUUACAGUGGAAGUGCACCAAUGGCCCCCAACAGCAACAAGUGGUUUCCCAGAUAAAUUUGUUCUCCCAGGGUGCUGAAUGUUCCCCAUGUUUCCCAAAUGUCGCCACAUCUCUCGCCUGGGUUUCCACAUCCUGAGCCAAGUGACGGGACCCCUUCUCCCCUACACUCCUCGCCGCACCAGACCCCCACCGAUACUAGACGCAACGUCUCAAGGCGAGGUACUGGAAUUCCUUUUGGAUGGUCUGCCUGCCUCCAAUGUGAACCCUUCUCUCGCACCUUCUUCGUCACCCUUCCCCACAUCAACUGGCCCCAGUGGGUACGGCCCACGCUCGGCCAGCAGUCCAGAUCACGGCGGGCGUUAAUUUGGGAAGAAUAGAGAGACGGCACUGAACUAGCUCCUUCCACAGGACCUUCAGAGGAGCCAGUGCCAAUCGGGGCUCAUUUCAGGUUUGGAGGAGACCAGCCCUGAUUGGCACCGGCUCCUCUGAGGGUCCUGUGGAAGGAGGGAGAAGAAGUAGCCAGAGUGAGCCCAGCCAGCACCAAAGGGGACGAGUGACAGGGUCAUCCUCUGGCCAAAUCUGCCACCCAAGCUAUCUUGCUUCUCUGUUAACGUUGAGCUUCAGUGAGGGAACAGGGCAAUCCAAUGUGGGCUGGUGAUAACUGGCCCAGUCCAAGCCAAUCUGAUCGUCCUCAAUUCCACACCAGGCCCCAUGGUUUGAACUAAAGGGUCUCCUUAACCCAUCCCCACUGCCCUUCAACACACCCAUCAGUUCUCACCAGCGCAACCCAUUGCCAAAUACCCCACAACCCGCACCAUCAACCUCUGCUGAAGACCCCACCGAUCUUCUACAUCCUGGCCCAUCCCAAAUAUUCCACAAUGCCCCUGCCUUUGACGUCCCAUCAGUUCUCCUCAGCCUCAAGUAGUCUACCUUUCAACACCCAAUCAAUCCUGUACAUCCCACAUCCCAAAUACUCCGCAAUGCCCACCAUUCACUUUCCCACUGCUCUCCUGAAGCCAGAUUGCCAUCCAGGGGUUGGCUCCAUUGAGUUCAAAUCCCACCAAGGCAGCUGGGGAACUUAAAUUGGAGCAAUCAAAUAGUUUUGGAGUUAAAUAUUGCUGUAACCCAUCUGGUUCAUUCAUACACAUCAGGGAAGGAACUCUGACAUCCUUAUCCAGCCUGACUGAUAGACUCCAGACCCACGCAACGUGGUUGACUCUUAAUUGCCCCGAGACGGGAACUCGGUCCAAGGGGCAAUUGGGAAUGGCCAAUCAAACGCUGGCCUUGCUAGCAAGAGCAAGAUUGAAAUCAAACUCCUCCUCCAGCCCACCCUGCCCUCAGCUCCCAAUACCCCAUUGCUGAAAGCACCCAGUCAGUCCCUGUCUCACCUCCAGAGUCAACACGUCAGAUCGAUGACCUUUCUGCUGAUGAAGGGUCAUUGAGCUGAACCGUUACCUCUGUUUCUCUCUCCACAGAUGCUGCCUGACCUGCUGUGAGUUUCCAGCCUCCUCUGUUUUUAUUUCAGAUUUCCAGCAUCUGCAGUUUUCUUUCUCUGUCUCAUCUCACAACUCCAGUGGCCAGUGGGAGCCCCUGUCCCAUCCUCCAUUGCAGACCUGGUAACCUGCUCACACGUUGUCCCGGCUGGAAUCAAUAAGUACCUUGUGUGACACAGGAGGAGGCCACUUGGCCCAUUGGGUCUAUGCCAGCUCUCAGAGCAAUCCCAACAAUUAUGUUCCCUGUAACCUAUUUUCUCUCUCACUUUCCCACCAAACCCCCCAACCCCACCACCCACCAAUUCUCCCUACUCUGCGGGCAAUUUACAGCAUCCAAUUCACCCGCACGUCAUUGGGGACGUGGGAGGGAACCAGAGCACCCAGGAGGGGCAGGAUGGUGGAUGGAGGAGGAAACUCAUGGGGUCAAUGUGCAAACUCCACACAGAGAGCGCCGGAGGUCAGGAUCGAACCCGGAUCACUAGAGCUGGGAAGCAGCAGUGUGACCUAUGUCACAUGAAAAUUGGGAGGGUUGAUGUUGGGCUGGGGGGCUGGGGGGUGGCGGGAGGAGGGAAACACUGUCAGAGGGCAGUGGCCCAGGGUGCAAAAUGAGACCGGAUAUGCUGAUCGGAGGUGUUUUGUUAAAAGUACGGACUCUUUUUCUUUACGGUAAGCUCUGUGUUUCGUUGUUUGAUGGCAACUGCAUGCAUUAAGAAUAUGUCCCACUCCCCCAAGGUCUGUUUGUUGUCCGUCGAGGUCUGACCCUGUUUCUGUCGUGGUUGUUGUCGGAGCUUGUUCCAAGUGUUGUUGUGGUUCCUAGCUGACCUUUUAGGAGGACCCGACCCGACAUCUUUUCAGAAAUAAAAUUAUGUUUUGUACUUAA